UUAUAGUGCAAUGAGGCUAUUUAAAGUGUUUUGGAAGUGUUAUAAUAGGAAAAUGAUACACGGGAUGCUGCUCUGCACACUGAAAAAAGCUUUGAUGCGGCCUUGAAAGCAUUUGAAUACCUAUGAAUUUCUGCCACCGAGACCUGUACAAAUCCUGAUAUUUUACAUUCACCAGAGUGCUCUGAAACAACCAAUCAAAUGUGCCCUAAAUGUACCGCUUCUGCUAUGAAGUAAAUAUUUUUGUGUUUCAGCGGUGCUGCUGCGGGUGCUGCGGGUGCAGCUGGAGGUGCGGCAGCAGAACAGGGACGUCUUGCAUGAGCUCCAGCAGCUGAGGCAUGAGGUACGGGUCGUGUCCGAGAGGCUGGAUGAAAUGGAGCCUCUCGACAGGACCCGUGCAGUGUCUCAGCCUGCCCUGUCGACGGUGCCUCCAGUUCUUCCUCGGCUACCUGCCAACAAUAUUGAAGAAUUGGAGGCAGCAGAGGCAGCCGUGCAGGAUGAGGCUGUGGCUGCCACCUUGCGCAAGCACCUCCUGCAAAUAGGAGGGAAGUCGCUGCGCGAGGUGGCAUCGAAUGCCAUGAAGGCUGUAAUGGCACACCCCGUCCAAGUGCUUUACAGCCUUCAUGGCAGGAAGGGGAAGAGGGCUUUCAUAAAUCUGAAGUUAUGCCGGAUAGUCACAGAUGUCAUCUGUGCAAAAGGGGGGGCCGACCUGACAGAAGCUCAGGGCUUCAUUAAGAGGUGGUUGCCAGGGUCUGUGGACAGGGGUGGUGGCAGGAAGAGGCGUUUUGCAGAAACGUUAGCAGCAGAGCAGCCCGAUGAUCCCUGCCUUCGGGGUGGCUCACAUGAAAAGAUCCGGGUGUCCCAGCAGCAGCAUACCCACCGGUUGUUGGUCGCCUCCAUAUGA